AGGUUAGUGAAAGUCACAUUGCCAUGCUGUUCGAGCCAAGCAGUCGGCACCAGUCCUCUCAUUUGCGAACGCGAGAAAUAUUCUUAGUUCAGGAUGAAAAAGUGGACUGGUAGACGCUCCCAGUUUUGGCACAGUCAUAAUACCAUCACAGUGGGAGUUUACUCUCAGUUGAAACAGUCGUUCUAAGGUAGACUAUUACUGUUAGCCAGCUUUCGUCGUGCUUCAAAUAUUUUAAAACGUGAAACCUAGAAACUAUAGAAGAGUUUGAGCUGUCAAAAGCGAGUUGAAUAAGAAAGUGCAGAACAUUUCUACUUAGCGCUGGGCGACUGACAUUUUCCACGAAGAUACGUCUUUACGAGGAGUAUGCUAAAAGUGGGUUCAGAACUAAAGGAAAGCUGAAGGAUUUGGCGGUCGUGAGCUUUUGGAUAUUCUAAUAGCCUAACCCGUCGGUUCAGGCAGGUCAAUGCUUUGGAUAUCCUACGGUUAAAAGUUGUCCUAGACCACUUUUGUCCUCAGAAAUUCAAAUGUAAAAUGUUAGCUGGACACAAAAAUGGAAACGUAUUAACAUUUUCUUAAUUAUGCUAACUUAAGGCGGAGAACCAUGGACAACAGCUUUGAACUGAAUUUCUUGCCAUCCGAGUGGAAUUUACCGCUCCGUCGUGGAAUGUCAGUGGGACUGUAGCUGGAGUUAAGCUGUGCACUUGGGACGCGCGCUCAUGGAACUCCAGGUGGUGUGUGGACUGCUCUACUGCUUCCUGCUACCAACGUUCUUGCUUGCAGCCUGCCUGUUUCGCUACAAUGCCCUGUCCUUAGUCUACCUUCUCUACCUACUGCUGCUCCCAUGGUUCCUGUGGCCCAACAAGCACACAUUACGAGGGCACACGGGGCGUUUCAUCAAAGCGCUCUUCUGCACCAGCCUGCUCUUCCUGCUCGGCCAUGUCUCCUUCCAGAUCUGCCUCUACACCAUCCCUGAGCUGGAUGAUGCCCUGGGACAGAACUGCAGCUCAGUGGAAACACUGUCAAGACAUGUUGGGGUGUCCAGAUUGCCCCUGGAUGACCCGUGGAACAUGGUUAGGCUCCUGACCCCAGAGCUGGGCAUAUUUAUCAUCUCACUGGUCACCAUGGUUACCUGCAACCGCCUUGUGAAGAAGAGGGAGGAAGGCCUGACUUCGCCUACAAUCCAGAAUUCCGUGCAGGAAGAAAAAGAAGAUGGGGAGGAGGAGGAGGAGGAGCAGCAGGAGGAGGAGGAAGAAGGUCGGCUGUUCCCCAGUGUUGCUGACAAUGAAGAGGAGGAAGAGGAGAACGGCAUCCCCAGCGCGGCAGCCCUGCUGGCUGCCAGGCUGCGAGCUACGGCCCACCGCUUCCUCAGGGACCUGGGGCGCGUGCUGGCCAUUACUCUGCUGGCUCUGGCAGGCAUUACCUUGCCAUCCGCUUUCUCUGCUGUCUACUUCCUGUUGUUCGUCGGCGUGUGCACGUGGUGGGCCUGCCACUUUCCCAUCAGCCACCUGGGCUUCAACGCUUUGUGUGUGAUGGUGGGCUUCUUCACAGCUGGUCAUCUGGUCUGCCUUUAUCUCUACCAGAGCCCUUUUGCUCAGGGAAUCUUCCCCCCAGCCAGCCUGUGGGCCAGACUGUUUGGCCUGAAGGAUAUCAUUAGGCCUGGCAACUGCUCCUCCUAUUCCUCCCAUGACCUCAUCCUCAACACAGAGCAUGACUGGCCAGUCUACGUCAACCCCGGGAUCCUUCUUCUCCUCUAUAUCACUGUGGCGAUUGUCCUGAAGAUCAGUGGUCAUGGCGGCCCUGACAAGCAUGAAGAAGGCAGACUGAGUGCCAGAGACGUGCUGCCAGGUGGAGGAGAGGAGGUGGAACUGCGUCCCUGGGGUCCAGAGAGACAAAGCACUGAGGAUGACACCAAGCAAAUGCUGCUCUCCAUUGGUGAGUCACCGACGACUGAAUCAGAGGGAGCCAACUCUCAUGUGACCAACGGCUCCAGCCGACAAGAUUUAGGCCUCGGUAGUUCCCUGCCUGCUCAGCAUGGAGACAGCCCUCUUUUCUUGGUGGGCCGCAUGGUCAUGGAGCAGAGCUACAUCUGCGCUCUCAUCGCCAUGAUGGUGUGGAGUAUUACAUACCACAGCUGGCUGACCUUUGUGCUGCUGCUGUGGGCGUGCUUCAUCUGGAUGAUGCGGGCACGCCGCCACUUCGCCACACUCUGCUCCCCCUUCAUCCUGCUGUACGGCCUGGCGCUGUGCGGCCUGCAGUACGUGUGGGCCAUGGAGCUGGAGCCCGAGCUGCCCCAGCACGUGGGCACCAUGAGCCUCCGUCAGCUGGGCCUGGACCGUGCCCAAUACCCCUGCCUGCGCCUGGGUGCCAUGUUGCUGUACACCCUGACCUUCUGGCUGCUCCUGAGGCAAUCAGUGAAGAACAACUUCAGCAAGAAGAAGAGCAUCACUGCCCCUCUCACAGAGGUGACAACUGGUGAGGGCAUCGGGCAAAAUGAGUCGGUCCUGAAGGUCCUCGGAGGCAUGGUGAUGAGUUUAUACGCCAAGUACUGGAUCUACGUAUGCGGGGGCAUGUUCAUCAUGGUCAGCUUCGCUGGCAAGCUUGUGGGCUACAAGAUCGUCUACAUGCUGCUGUUCCUGCUCUGCUUGUGUGUGUAUCAGGUGUAUUACUCCCUGUGGAGAAGGCUUCUGAAGGUCUUCUGGUGGUUGGUGGUGGCGUACACCAUGCUAGUGCUCAUCACCAUCUACACCUUCCAGUUUGAGGAUUUCCCGGACUACUGGAAAAACUUCACUGGCUUCACAGAAGAGCAGCUGGCAGACAUCGGCCUGGAGACCUUCGCCCUGUCGGAGCUCUUCUCCAGCAUCCUCAUCCCGGGCUUCUUCCUGCUGGCCUGCAUCCUGCAGUUACACUACUUCCACCGGCCCUUCAUGAGGAUCACAGACCUGGACCACGUCAGCCCCAUCCACAGGAAGAGGAACACUCCGAGGCCUGAGGUGGUGCGGGGUACAGACGGCGUGGGCUUUGAGGAGGAGGAGCUCGUCACGGAUCUCGGAGACGAUGAAGAGCUGGAGGAUGACGAGAUGAUACCCAGUAAGUGGGGGCUGGUGAUGGACCGGCUGAUAGUGCUGUUUGGGAAGUUCGACGACACGCUGAGCCAUAUCCAAGCCUUCAUCUGGAGGCUGCUGGAGCUGCACAUCCUCAAGAUGGUCGCCUUCUGCGUGGUGUGGGUGGCACUAGGAGAGCCCUCCGUAAUGAACCUGGUGCUGGUGGUGCUGUGGUCCUUCGCCAUGCCGUACGCACGCUUCAGACACAUGGCCUCUUGCCUCUCCACCGCCUGGGUGUGUGUCAUCAUCGUCUGCAAGAUGCUCUACCAGCUCAGCAUUGUCAACCCCAUCGAGUACUCCAACAACUGCACUCUGCCUCUGGCCAACGAGACGAAUCUUCAUCUGGAGGAGAUGCAGAACUCCAUACUGUACAAAGCUCCUGUGGAUCCAGCCAACUGGUUUGGCUUCAGGAAAGAUGCCACAGUCUUGGGUUACAUUAAGAAUCACCUCCUGGUGUUGAUGCUGCUAGUGUUCGAGGUAACGGUGUACCGGCACCAGGCCCAUCACUACAAACAGCUGCAGAGAUCCCCACCCAACAUCCCCAAGCUCUUCCCCAACGCCACACGCGACACCUUAGACCAGAGCCUGUUGUCUUGCAUCAAGUACCUGCUCAGCUACAGCUUCUACAAGUUUGGCCUGGAGAUCUGCUUCCUGAUGACAGUGAACGUGAUUGGCCAGCGCAUGAACUUCCUGGUCAUCGCCCAUGGCUGCUGGUUGGUCGCCAUGUUGGUGCGAAGGCGCAGGGCGGCCAUCGCCGAGAUUUGGCCCAAGUACUGCCUGUUUCUGGCGAUUUUCACCAUUUACCAGUACAUCCUGUGCGUGGGCAUCCCCCCUGCUCUCUGCAUCGAUUAUCCCUGGCGCUGGAGCUCGACGGUCACCAUUAACUCAGCUCUCAUUAAGUGGAUCUACCUGCCAGACUUCUACACUAUCCCCAACUCCAAGAACCUCAUGGCGGACUUCCUCCUGCUGAUGUGCGCCUCACAGCAGUGGCACGUGUUUGAGAACGAGAAGAAGGAGGAGUGGAUGGUGCUGGGAGGGGAGAACAAGGACAACCCCAACCCUAUGGAUGGCGUCCCCUUCAACCCAGCGCCCAACUUCAUCAACUGCAGGUGUUACCUGGACAUGGCCAAGGUGCUGGUGUUCCGCUACAUGUUCUGGUUCGUGCUGGCGGUGGUGUUUGUGACGGGGGCCACGCGCAUCAGCGUGUUCGGCCUGGGCUACCUGAUGGCCUGCUUUUUCUUCCUGCUGUUCGGCACACAGCUGCUGGCCAAGAAGUCCCACACGCGCCUGACGCUCUGGGACUGCCUCAUCAUGUACAACGUGGGCGUCAUCAUCUCGAAGAACCUGCUCUCGAUCCUGGCUUGCGUGUUUGUAGCAGAAAUGCAGAAGAACUUCUGUUGGGUGAUACAACUCUUCAGCUUGGUCUGCACUGUUAAAGGCUACUAUGACCCUAAGGAGGUGAGCGAUAAGGAGUGUAUUCUGCCGGUGGAGGAGGCUGGCAUCAUCUGGGACAGCAUCUGCUUCUUCUUCCUCCUGCUGCAGAGGAGAGUGUUUCUCAGCUUCUACUUCCUGCACGUGACGGCAGACAUGCAGGCGUCCGCCCGCCAGGCCUCCCGAGGUUUUGAGCUCUUCAGAGCCACUCUCAAGAAAAACAUGAAGUUCCACCAGAAGGCUGAGAAGAAGUCCUUGCAACAGCUCAAACGAUCGAUGGAGCGCAUUCGAUCUAAACAGCAGAAGUACAAGGGAGGGCGCAAGGCCUCAAGCUCCAAAGAGGGGAAGGCAUCGGACUCCCAAGAGGAAAAGAAAGAGAGGAAGAGCUCGAAGAAGAAAUGGCAGCGGCCCUGGAUGGACCACGCAACCGUGUUGCACUCUGGAGAGUACUACCUGUUUGAGUCGGACAGUGAGGAUGAGGAGGAGCUCUUCUCUGAGGAGCAGAAGCCCCCCAGACAGUCUGCAUUUCAGCUGGCCUACCAAGCCUGGGUGACGAGUGCCAAGGAGGCGCUGAGGGAGCGUCAGCAGAGGCAGAAGGAGCAGAGGAGGCUGGAGAGAGAGAGGAGACAGCAAGCCAGCCUCCAGGCGGCCUCGGGUGAUGGAGAAGAGCCUGUCUUUGAGGAAGGAACGUCCCAGGAUGGGGAGCUGGAGGAAGAAGGAGAGGAGUCAGGGAGUCGAAGUGACAUGGUACAGCGGAUCCUGGACAUCCUGAGGUUCCUGCGGGUACUGUUCCUGGCCAUGGUGGACGGUGUGACGCUGUGGCUCAACAUGCUCACUAAGCAGUAUGUGGACACCUCCACCGUCCUGUGCAAUGAGCGCUACAUGAUCAUCCACAACAUCAGCCAGGGCCCGAGGGAGCCCCUGGAUGACCAGCUGUCUCAGGGCAGCGAGAGCCCCACUCUGGAGACGUGUCUGGACGAGACGGAGACCGACCAGCUGCACAGCAGCGGCGCCAUCAGUGGAGCAGAGCUGGAGGACAUUGAGCUGGACCACUCCACCCCCCGGGCCAGCGCCUACAGCGCCACCCUGUGCCCCGAGCCCCCACAGGAGCUGGAGGUGUUGCCAUGGCCGGACCGACACCAGCGCCACUCCCGCACCGCCAGCGAGAUGCUGACUGACAGGGUAUUCUUCGUGGAGGAGCUGGUCCAGAGCUCUGAGUUCUACUCGUCUCAGAACCGGCUGCUCAAGCUGCUCUUCGCCCUCUACAGCCUGCUGGCCGCCAACUCGGAGCUGGUGUGCUACUUAAUUAUCGUGCUGAACAACGUGGUGACGGCCUCGGUCAUCUCGCUGGCGCUGCCCAUCCUCAUCUUCCUCUGGGCCAUGCUGGCCGUGCCACGGCCCAGCAAGAGAUUCUGGAUGACCGCCAUCGUCUACACAGAGGUGAUGGUGGUGGUGAAGUACCUGUUCCAGUUUGGCUUCUUCCCCUGGAACAGUCUGUAUGAGAUGCGGCUGAACGAGGACAAGCCCUACUUCCCUCCGCGCAUCCUGGGCCUGGAGAAGUCUGACAACUACAUCCGCUACGACCUGCUGCAGCUGCUGGCCCUGUUCUUCCACCGCUCGCUGCUGAUGAAAUAUGGGCUGUGGGAUCAAGAGGGACCCCUGGAGGAGAAGAGCCCCCAGUCCGCUGAGGUACAGACGAAGAGGGAGGAUGAAGAGGAGUGUCGGCCCAGUCACACGCCCAGCCUCACAGAACUGGAGGACGGGGCCGCAGAGACCCCCCAGCGACUGGAGUCUGAGCCUGAGCCUCUGGACACCCAGCCCACCCCAGAGCCCACGCCUGAACCCCCCCCUGCCUCCCCCACAGAGCAGGGUGCCGGGAAGAAGGGCGGCCUUCUGAGAUUCCGCAGGAAGAAAACCUCUGGGAAAGGUGGUGCUGAGAGCAAAGAGCCCAAGAAGAAAUCCAAGGGGAAGCGCAGAGAGGCGACUAGCAGAAAACUGAAAGCUGUUGGGUUCAAAAUCAAAGAACUGGUCAUUUCUGCAGUGCAGAAUAUCUACAGACCCACGUAUGGAUUCUUCCGAAACAUCCUGCACGCUGAGUACCAGGCCACCACAGACGUCUAUGCUCUUAUGUUCCUCACGGACAUGGUGGACUUCAUCAUCAUUGUGUUUGGCUUCUGGGCUUUUGGGAAACACUCGGCUGCAGCUGACAUAGCCUCCACGCUGCAAGAUGACCAGGUGCCCGAGGCCUUCCUGGUCAUGCUGCUCAUCCAGUUCAGCACCAUGAUCAUCGACCGGGCCCUCUACCUGCGCAAGACCGUCCUGGGCAAGCUCAUCUUCCAGAUCAUUCUGGUUUUCGGCAUCCACCUGUGGAUGUUCUUCAUUCUGCCUGCAGUCACUGAGAGGAUGUUUAAUCAGAACUUUGUGGCUCAGCUCUGGUACUUUGUCAAGUGCAUCUACUUCACCUUGUCGGCCUAUCAGAUCCGCUGUGGCUACCCUACCUGCAUCCUGGGCAACUUCCUCACCAAGAAAUUCAACCAUCUCAAUCUCUUCCUCUUCCAAGGGUUCCGUCUGGUUCCCUUCCUGGUGGAGCUGCGAGCGGUGAUGGACUGGGUCUGGACUGACACCACGCUGUCCCUCUCCGACUGGAUGUGUGUGGAGGACAUCUACGCCAACACCUUCAUCAUCAAGUGUAGCCGGGAGACAGAGAAGAAAUACCCACAACCCAAAGGACAGAAGAAGAAGAAGAUUGUGAAAUAUGGAAUGGGCGGACUCAUCAUUUUCUUCCUGAUUUGCAUCAUCUGGUUCCCACUGCUCUUCAUCUCAUUGGUCCGAUCGGUGGUGGGCGUGGUCAACCAUCCCAUGGACGUCACUGUCACAGUUAAGCUGGGGGGUUAUGAGCCUCUUUUCACCAUGAGCAUCCAGCAGCAGUCUAUCCAGCCUUUCAUGGAACAUGACUACGCGAAACUCACCAAGCACUUUGGGAAUAACGCAGGGGCCAUGCAGUUCAUUACACUGUACAGUUUUGAGGACAUCGUGACGGCUAACAUCGAGGGCAGCUCGGGCUCCGUGUGGCGCAUCAGCCCGCCCAGCAGACAGGAGCUCAUCAAGGAGCUGCUGGGCACUGCCGAGAUGACCCUGCGCCUGGCCUGGAACUUCCAGAGGGACUUGGGGAAGGGUGGUACUGUGGAGAACACCUUUGACAAACACUCUAUCCAGCUGGAGCCAGGGGACCCAGUGAGAGCAGACCUGGCAUCGCUGCUCGGAGGCAACCGCACAGAGCCUGUGCUGGUUCCCCGCAUGUUCCCUAACUACAUCCGAGCUCCUAACGGGGCUGAGGCCAAACCUGUGAGCCAGCUCUAUGAAGGUGAUGAAGAGGGGUAUCAGGAGGUGACGCUGUCUCUGAUGAGUGGAGGAGCACAGGAGUGGUGGGACAUCAGCAUAGCGGGCUGCGACCCCUCCACCAAGGCCUGUGGGGUUCUGCCUAUGGUCAUCUUCAACGACAAAGUCAGCCCCCCCAGCCUGGGCUUCCUGGCAGGUUACGGGAUCAUGGGUCUGUACGUGUCCGUGGUGCUGGUGAUUGGCAAGUUUGUGCGCGGCUUCUUCAGCGAGAUCUCCCACUCCAUCAUGUUCGAGGAGCUGCCCUGCGUGGACCGCAUCCUCAAGCUGUGCACGGACAUCUUCCUGGUGCGCGAGACAGGCGAGCUGGAGCUGGAGGAGGAGCUCUACUCCAAGCUCAUCUUUCUCUACCGCUCCCCAGAGACCAUGAUCAAGUGGACCAGGGAGAAGGACAAGGACUAGAUGAGCGUCGGAAAAAAGCCCAAGCCCAGGCCAAAGCCAGACGACCUUGUCCGUCCACUGUGUCUGGGAUCUGGGGGCCCGCUAUACCCAGAUGGUGCCUUAAUCUUAAAGUCUUUACCCCGCACAACAGCAUGCCAAUUGAUAUAAGUGUGGUGCUGUGUGCACAUGCCAGGAAAGCGCUACGCCGUACUUAUUGAGGAGGGGGAUAUUUAAAACCAGAGUUCUUGGCCCUGAACGCAGCGCCUGUGCUGAGCUGACAGUGAUCCCAUAGGGAAGAGGACAUUGGGAGUGGCAACAGCCCUGCGUUUCUGCACUGUGCACUCCUGGUCUGCUCUUGGCGCACGUGGUCCAGGCUUCUCGUAUCUUCAACCCAACCCCACCCCCCCUUCCCUGCAGGACCUGAGCCACGCUGCUCCAGCUUCCCUUCCCCUAGUAAUCCUCCAUGUGUCGGCCCGGCAGAUGGAGCGCCACGCUGCCAAAGCGUCCGUUUUGUGUGAAUGGAUGAGACAGGGAGCCAGAAACACGGGCCACCUCAGGCCAAUGACUGGAGCAGUCUCUCUGCUGGGAGAUGUGGGGCACAGAAGAGCUGAUCAGUGAAAGGACCUUCUUUUGCGAAUGGAAACACUAGCAUAAUAACACACAUCCUUAUAUUUCUACAAUGAAAAACUGUUUACAAAACGCUCAAGGCAGUUGGAUGGAAGUAAACCGUUACAUAUACCUGUAACUGCUUAUAGCUUUAAACUGACAAUGGCAAGACGUUAGGCAACAAAGACUCGAAUUGUUCACUCCUCACAAAGGAAGAGCUUGUUUCACAGAUCACACAUUCAAAUUAGUGAAGAA